GACAGACAGGGGAGCAGGACAGACAGACAGGGGAGCAGGACAGACAGACAGACAGGGGAGCAGGACAGACAGAUUCCUGAGUGGGAGGAGCCCAGUCUAAUCUCCACCAAUGAGUGAGGGGCAGGGAAGUCGCAGUGUCCAUUCCAGCAGCAUCUCCACCGUCCAUAACGUCCCAAUGAGGGUCCUGAUCCGACCCCUCCCCUCUGUCCUGGAUGAGAGCAAAGUGCAAAGCCUCAUGGACACCUUACAGAAAGAAGAAGACCUUGUGCCCCCGAUUGACGUUCUGUGGAUCAAGGGGCAGAACGGGGGGGAUUAUUUCUAUGCCUUUGGGGGGUGCCACCGAUACGCGGCCCACCAACGACUGAGCAGGGAGACCAUCGCCGGGAAGAUCAUCCCAUCCACUGUCAGUGAUUUGCGCACUUACCUGGGGGCCAGCACCCCCAACCUACUGUAACACUGGCAAUGGGGGUCCCAGGAUCUACUGUUUCCCUAUUGGAUGAAGCACAACCUGAGGGAUCAGCCAAGAUUUACCUACUGUAACACUGGCAAUGGGGGUCCCAGGAUCUACUGUGUCCCUAUUGGAUGAAGCACAACCUAAGGGAUCAGCCAAGAUUUACCUACUGUAACACUGGCAAUGGGGGUCCCAGGAUCUACUGUUUCCCUAUUGGAUGAAGCACAACCUAAGGGAUCAGCCAAGAUUUACCUACUGUAACACUGGCAAUGGGGGUCCCAGGAUCUACUGUUUCCCUAUUGGAUGAAGCACAACCUGAGGGAUCAGCCAAGAUUUACCUACUGUAACACUGGCAAUGGGGGUCCCAGGAUCUACUGUGUCCCUAUUGGAUGAAGCACAACCUAAGGGAUCAGCCAAGAUUUACCUACUGUAACACUGGCAAUGGGGGUCCCAGGAUCUACUGUUUCCCUAUUGGAUGAAGCACAACCUAAGGGAUCAGCCAAGAUUUACCUACUGUAACACUGGCAAUGGGGGUCCCAGGAUCUACUGUGUCCCUAUUGGAUGAAGCACAACCUAAGGAUCAGCCAAGAUUUACCUACUGUAACACUGGCAAUGGGGGUCCCAGGAUCUACUGUGUCCCUAUUGGAUGAAGCACAACCUAAGGGAUCAGCCAAGAUUUACCUACUGUAACACUGGCAAUGGGGGUCCCAGGAUCUACUGUUUCCCUAUUGGAUGAAGCACAACCUAAGGGAUCAGCCAAGAUUUAACCUACUUUAAACACUGGCAAUGGGGGGUCCCAGGAUCUACUGUUUCCCUAUUGGAUGAAGCACAACCUAAGGGAUCAGCCAAGAUUUACCUACUUUAACACUGGCAAUGGGGGUCCCAGGAUCUACUGUUUCCCUAUUGGAUGAAGCACAACCUAAGGGAUCAGCCAAGAUUUACCUACUGUAACACUGGCAAUGGGGGUCCCAGGAUCUACUGUUUCCCUAUUGGAUGAAGCGCAACCUGAGGGAUCAGCCAAGAUUUACCUACUGUAACACUGGCAAUGGGGGUCCCAGGAUCUACUGUUUCCCUAUUGGAUGAAGUGCAACCCGAGGGAUCAGCCAAGAUUUACCUACUGUAACACUGGCAAUGGGGGUCCCAGGAUCUACUGUUUCCCUGUUGGAUGAAGCACAACCCGAGGGAUCAGCCAAGAUUGGACGUCCCAGGAUCUACUGUGUCCCUAUUGGAUGAAGCGCAACCUGAGGGAUCAGCCAAGAAUUACCUACUGUCAGGUCUUAAUAACUGCCACCCACUAUGAUCAUGAAUAGCCCCUCCAUGCCCACCCACCCCCGGUGCCCACCCACCGGUGCCCACCAUAC